AUGAUGGAGGCGGCAAUAGGAGUCGGCGAUCGAGGCGUUGAGGUGGAUACGGCCGGCGGCGAUCGAGUUGUUGAGACGGCGACAGCGUUCAGCGAUCGAGGAAAGGCUCCGAUUCCACCAGAGUGGCGAAGCGGUGAUUGGAUCGACGAUAUGCUGAGUUCAGAUCGAGUGGUGAGUUAUGUCGUUGAUGAUUCCGGCUUGAUGAAUGCGGAAUGUAAUGGUAGCAAAUCCAUCGAACAAUCUUACUGUACCAACAAAUCAACGCAAGGUCACAAUUCUGUUGUAGAUCAGCUGGAAUCAGAUAACCAUAUCAGUGAGUUGGGGGAUGAUGUGAUGCUGGAUGAUACUUUACGCAUGGAAGUUACAUCUGCUCUGAAGGAUAGCGGCAAUGAAUUGGGAGUUGAUAAUGUGAUGGUGGAGGAGGAUGCCUUGCACAAGGAAAUUUCAUCUGUGACGAAGAAUAAUGAUUUGGCUGUUUUUACUUUAGUUGGCAAGACUGCAAGAAGAUACAAGAGAUCCGGUGGAAAUGGUGAUGUGUGCCAUGAGAGGAUUAAAUUUCGGUGUGAGUGUCCAACUUAUAUCCAUUUUAGUGUUGACAAAGAUGGCUUGUGGACCUGUUCAAAGCAUCUGGUUGAUCACAAUCAUGAUCUUGUGCCGAAUGAAAUGAUUGGACUUCUUCGAUCUCAACGCGAAGUAGAUGAAAAUGAUAUGAAGAUAAUCAGAGACAUGACAAGGAGUAGCAUCCCUUUGGUUGAUGCAUAUAAGUUUGUGGUAAAAUUACACGGGGGAAGUCCGAACAUGAAGUAUACUUUGAGAGAUGCCUACAAUUAUGAGCGUCCUGGUGUUGGAUUUGAAGGUGGCGAUUCUGUGAGGGGUGAAGAUCUACGCUGUAGUCAGGGAAGCAUCCAUUCAUAUCUUCUUGGUGAACCUUUCCUAGAGAGCAUUCGCAGAGUGUACACAGUUGAAGCAUUUCGAGAGGUUCAGCAGUUGCACAAAGAUAAGAUGUUGUGCCGGCAGGAGCAGUUAGAGGUCUCAAAUGAUGGCAAUAUUGUGACGUACAAUGUUUGGUGGUUUGGGAUAGAGCACUUUAAGGAUGGCAAUAUUGUGACGUACAUGACACUAGGUUACAGAGAUUGUCAUGCACGUGCAGACUUGGUGUAUGCAAGUGAAUAUAACAAAGAUGCAAAGAAAUGUUGUGACGAGGCGGUUAACAGGCUUAAAGAAGAACUCAGUAGUUUCAUUGGUUCAAAUAAUAAUGAUGAAUCUAUAGACAAUGAUGGUGUUAUAAAGAAUCCGGCUGUAAAGAGGAAGAAGUUUGGUCCCAGGAACGAACGUCCUAAAAUCAUUGUUGAGAAGGUAUGUAACAAAGUCAGAGGCAGGAAAACAAAUGCAAGAAUUACUGCUGACCGAAAAAGAGCUUCAGUUGCAUCAGGCCUGCAUUAUCAAAGCAUGCCAUUUCCUUAUCCAAAAGGAGCUGCUCAAGAUCUUUCAGGCUCAGGAAGUUUUGCUGCUGUGAAUGCUUCCCAUCAAAGCAUGCCAUCUUUGAACGUAAAUUCUGGUGGAUUCUCAUUUGCUAAUCCAAGUGUAGCUGCCCAGGAUUUUUCAUGGGCAGGGGCUUCCACUUCUGUGAAUGCUUCUGAUCAAAGCAUGCCAUUCAUCAACCAAAAUUCCGGUGGAUUCUCAUUUCCAAUUCCCAAGGGAGCUGGCCAGGAGUUUCAAGGCGCAAGCACUUCCGCUGCUGUGAAUGCUUCUCAUCAAAACAUGACAUUCAUGAAUCAAAACUUUGGUGGGUUCUCAUUUCCUAACCGAAGGGAAGCUGCCAAGGAGGCUGGAGCGCAGCGUUUCUUCAACAAGAUGUUUUAUUAG